AUGGACGACUUUUGUCCGUUCACCCAGCUUGCCUUUCUUUACGUUGUGCACCCACAACUCUUGCUCACCGCAUUUUCUCUGCUCAACCUGAGAGAAGAAAGGAUCAAGCAGCGACAACUCUCACUUUGCACGGAAUCCUACAGAAACGUUGUCUGCGCAGCGAACCUGGGGGCGCUGUUAUACACUGCUACGAUGGGCGAGUCGGGCUGCAUGAACACCAUCGUGUCCUGCAAGGAGCACGACCACAGGAUAUGCGACAUUUAUGACAUUUGUGAGACAAGUGAAGGUGGCGAGGCUCCUGUUGGUCAAGCACACGCGCUCGACGUCUAG